ACAACAAUAUUGGUUAAAAAUCCUCACUCAUACAUUCUGCUCUCUCCCUAUCUUUUAAUCAAUACUCCAAAAAAAAACUAUGGAACGUAACUUCCUAUUAACAGUUGCAUUGCUCUGCAUUGUCGUCGCCGGCGUCGGUGGCCAAUCUCCUGCCUCCUCCCCAACUAAAUCUCCCGCCGCUCCUGCUCCAACCACUUCCCAAGCCAACCCUCCCGCCGCUACUCCUCCCUCCUCUCCCAUGGCUAAAACGCCAGCUUCUGCACCCGUGGAAGCACCAAAGUCUCCGGCUCCUGUAGUAUCAUCUCCACCGCCAGCUCCUGUUCCUGAGAGCUCUCCUCCCUCUCCUUCACCAAAGGCUUCUGCUCCAGUGAGCUCUCCACCGGCUCCAACACCUGAAGCAGUUACUCCUCCUGCUCCUGUAGCCGCUCCAACCGCUGAUGUACCGGCUCCGGCUCCAAAAAAGCAUAAGAAGUCGAAGAAGCAUCAAGCACCUGCCCCGGCACCUGAACUUGACAGCCCACCUGCACCACCGACAGAAGCUCCCGGCCCUAGCUCCGACGCAAACUCUCCCGGUCCAGCCACAUCUGCCGACGAUCAGAGCGGAGCAGAGAGCACAAGUUUGUUGCGGAUUGUAGCGGUGGGAGCGGCUGCAACCGCAUGGGCCGUUCUCAUUAUGGCUUUUUAAGUUAUUUUUAUUUAUCUUUUCGCCUCUUAAUUCUUUAGUUUAUUUUCUUUUUGACCCUACUAUUGUCUCUUUCAUUUCACAUUUGAGUAAUGAGUAUUAUUAUUUCAUUGAUUAUAUCGUUUGUUUUUACUUUUAUUUGUGUGGGAAUAAUACUUUUUAUUUACUGGAAAUAAUAGUUGUUAUUUACUGAAAAUAAAAUUCAGAUCUGUCAGUGAUGUAUCGGAUGAUAGUGUUACUGGUUAUGACAUAUUGAUUGUUCUUGUUUUAGCAGACAAUGGUCUUUUGUGAUGGGUCCUAUUUCUU